AUGGCUUCCGUCACCGACGACCCUGCCUCCUCUGCGUCCUGCGGCCCACUCUCGGCGGAGGAGAUUGCUGCGCUCGCCGCCGACUUCCCGCACUUUGAGCACGCCUUUGUGUACGGCUCUGCGCUCGUGGCGCCAGCCUCCGGCAGCAUCCCGAUGACGGACCUUGUCUUUGCGGUGCGCGAGGCAGAGGCGUGGCACGCGCUCAACCUCGAGAAGCACGCAGCCCACUACUCGCCGCUCGGGAUGCUCGGGCCGCGCGCCGUCGCGGCGGUGCAGGAGCGGGCGGGCGCGGGCGUCUACUACAACGCGUAUGUGCCGUGGCGCGGCCGGAGGAUCAAGUACGGCGUCGUGAGCGUCAGUGCGCUGCUCGACGACCUCCGUUGCUGGCGGAGCCUCUACCUCGCCGGCCGGAUGCACAAGCCGGUGCAGACCGUCAAGUCCGACCCGCUCGCGGCCGAGGCGAACCUUGCAUCGGCCGCCGCCGCCGCGCUGCUGAUGCAGCCGCCCGAGGGCGCGCUGCUGCGCGACAUCUGCUCGCUCUCCUACACCGGCGACCCGCGCCAGGCGUCGCGGCCGAGCGAGCUUACCGCGACGCACCUUGAGACGCUGCGGCGCAUGACGCCGGCCACGGAGCGUCUCGGAGCCUUCUCCCGCCCAGGCGCUCCCGCUCUGCGCGCGGGAGGAGCUCGGCGUGACGCUGCGGCGCUGGUCGCCGUCCGUAGAUGCGCAAUCGGAUCGCGCGGAGAGCGGCCGGGGAAGGCGCUGCGCUUUGCUGUGCACGCGGCGGAACGGCUCUACGCCGAGGCGGGCGGGGCGCAGGAGGGGGCGGCGCGGCUGGGCGAGGCGGUGCGCGCGUCCCUCGGCCGGCUCGUGUCGCGCUCGAGCACGCCGCAGACCGUCAAGGGAUUCCUCACGGGCGGCGCGGUGACGACCGCGAGGUAUGUGGGCGCCAAGCUUGCGAAGCGGCUCGUGCGCAAGUAG